GAAUUUUUUUUUCUUGUGCCAUCCUAUUUCGUUUAAUGGUACACAAAGUGACAAAAUUUUCACAUGAUAGUCCACAAUGAACUUUUGUCUUUUUAAAAGCAAACAACGCCAAUGUAGCCCUUUCUUGUAUUUUUUCCUCCUUUUUUCUCAAUUCACUACUCAUCUGCCAUGACUCUCAAUGAUCCAACGAGCACUCACUCUAAUCCGGUGAUUGUUCCUGACGCUAGCCUACUGGGAGAAGUGGCCCACUGCAGUGAUCUUGAUAUGCGCAACUUGUUAGAAUCACUGAAUCCCGAUCCUGUGGCGGAUAAAGAACUAUACGGUAUGCUACACUGCAUGCGACAAGGUCAAUCGAUCGACAAAGAUGCCUGUCAGAAACUUGUGACAGCUUCCAUGCUGCAUCAGACUCACCACCUCAACGAGCUCAUGAACACCAUGGGCGACUUUCAAAUUGAUCUUCGCUGAUUACAGAAAGCAGAGACUGGGCCUUUUUUCUGUUAUGACCACUUCACUUUCAUGUUUACAUUUGCACUAGAAACCUCUUGCAGGAGAUAUCACGAUCGCUAUAAUAAACCGUUUCCAAGAUAUAUGAAUAUGCACAAAAAGCCAAGAUAUUUCAGAAUGGUGUUGUUCCAACUUUAG